GUUUAUCACAAGAAAAAACGAAAAUAUUUGUGUUUUAUUUUAUUUUUUCAUAUUCUUUAAAAAAUUUAACAUUUAAACAACAAAUUAAAUACAAAAAAUGAUUUGUAGACUUUGUUUAAAAGAUAUCCUUGAAGUAAUAAAUAUAUUUGAUGAAAUUGGAAUCGAAUUGAACGUCGUUGGCAUAUUGAAAAAAUACUUUUGGUUUGAGCCAAAAAUUGAUGAUCCAAUAUCAACAGCAAUAUGCAAUGAUUGUUGGCUAAGAGUAUUCAGUUUCCACGAAUACUAUUUAUCAGUGGAAGAAGCUCAUCGUUUGUUAGCCGAAAGAUUCUUUGUCAAAGCUCCAUCUCCAUUGAUAGAGACCCUUGACGAAGUAAAUGAUGAAAAUGAGAAUUCCUCUGAAGACGUUAAGGAUGAUGAUCAACAUGAUGAUCCACAUGAUGAUGAAUUGCCUUGGGAUGUGGAAGAAGUUAAUUUCACUUAUCCACUUUUAGAAGAAGAAGAAAAACCCGAAGAAUGUGAAUAUGCAAUUAAUGAUUUAAUUGUCGAAGCCCUUGAAGAUACUAAAGAAGAUAUCAAAGAUGUUGACAUCAAACCGCAAGCAGAAGAGCUUUUUGAAAGCAAUGAACGUUCUUUAUCCCUUCGCACUAGAACUAUAACCAAUGUAAAACACACCCCCGAAACAGAGACCAACCAAACAAAGGCAAAAAGAAAACUACUCAAGAAAUCUCCAGCCGAGAGAGCUCUUGAAAAAGAAUCCAAAUACAAUAUCCGCGCCAAGGAAUAUGAUGAUUUGAUAGCUAAAAACAUGAAACUUGCUUGUGAGCUGUGUAAUAUUGAUUUGGUGGAUUUCACAGCUUUGCGUCAACACUUUUGGAAUGCACAUGGACAAAAGGGUUAUGUUAUUUGUUGCAACAAAAAGCUAUUCAAACGGGUGCUUCUUGUGGAUCAUAUCAAUAAACAUCUUGAUCCGGAAUAUUUUAAAUGCCAAGAUUGUAAUAAAGUAUUUGCUGAUAAGCAAUGUUUAAAGAAUCACAUGCUUAUUAUACAUCAGUCGGAUGAGGAGAAACCAUUUCAAUGUGAAUUUUGUGCAAAACGUUUCAUCAAGCAAUACCUGCUGGAACAGCAUCAAGUUAUGCAUGUGCCGAUAGAAGAACGAAAAUUUCCCUGUGAUUAUUGCCCCAAAGUGUUUGCCAGCGAAAAUACGCUUAACACCCAUCGUAAAAACUCUCACCUACAUGAAAAUGGUCGAAUGUGUCAUAUAUGUGCCAAAGUUAUUCGUGGCAGAGCACUGUUUGAAAGGCAUCAACUCGAACACAAUGGAGUCAAACAACCAGAAAUUCAAUGUGAAAAAUGUGGAUCUUGGUUGAAAAACAAACACAGUCUACAAAAACAUAUGCGUCGUCAUAAUGAAGAAGGAAAAAAAUACACAUGUAAUAUUUGUAACAAAGUGGCGCCCAAUCAAAGUGCACUACGAAGUCAUAUACGUUAUGUCCAUUCCUCAGAACGAUCAUAUGCGUGUAGUGUUUGUGACAAAUCAUUUAAGAAACCUCUUAACUUGAAAGAACACAUGACAACGCACACAGGAGAAGUUUUAUAUUCAUGCCCGCAUUGCCCAAAAACUUUCAAUUCGAAUGCAAAUAUGCAUUCUCAUCGAAAAAAGGUGCAUCCCCGAGAAUGGGAAGCAAAUAGAAAACAUCGAAAAGGCAAAGUUGCUAGUGGCUCGGCAACUGUAGUACAAAAAACCACUGAAACCAUUGAUAGUGGUAAUGAAAUCAUCCAUGAAGAAGAAAAUACAGAAAGCUGAAGAAUCUAGUAAAUCAAUUGAAUGGUUUUGUUUUCGUGGGAUAGUAUUUAAGUUUGACUUACAGUAAUUAGAUUCUAGUUCUG